CGGAGGCGCCUCCUCGCCUACCCUCAGCGCCGCUUGCAGCGGGGCGGAGGUUGCUGCGGAUCCCGCUCCUCCCGGCCGCCUUCCUCAGGCUGCGCUUCUCCCGCUGCCCCCGGUGGGAUCGGAUCGGCCACGGGGCGUUCCCGAGCAGCCGGUCGGUGCUUGGCACCCAGCCGAGCCCGCCGGCGUGCCAGGCGGCGGGGACGCUUCCCGGUGCGGCGCGGGAAUGCCGUGUGGGUGCGCCGAGCGGUGCCCUGCCCUGCCCAGCCCUGCCCGGGAGCUGCGGGUCCGUCCCGUCCCGUCCCGCUCGGCCGGCCCUAAGGCGGGAGGAAGAGGCGCUGCCGACAGAUGAAAAGACUUGUGUAAGAAGCGCUAUACACCAUCACUUAAGUGAAGCAAGCAGUUAAGUAUCAGAAGAGCUUUAGAUAAGAUACAAAAGAAAUGUAAAAUCACCAGUGACUUCCAGGUAGGUCAAAACCAAGGGGGAACACAAUCAGUAUUCCAGCAUGUGUGCUAUCUAAGAGAUAAUUCUCUAUAGUUUGUUUCUGGAACCAUAAAUGUGCAAAUUAAUUGGAUGCUUUAAUAAAAGAGUUUAUAAUAAUCUUUAAUAUGUUACUUGUCAAACAUCCUCAUUUUAUAAUAAUGAUUUGCUCAUCGGUGAAACCUGAGAUAGACACUACUGAAUCAUGUACUUUCAAUAUAAUGGAAUGAAUUCUUACAGUAAUUUCAAUGCAAUUACUUUAAAAAAAUGUUUUAUCAAGACAGAAGGGGGGAAAAGAAAAACCCAAACCAACCAGUCAAAAGAAGGUGAUAGCACUACAGCAGUGCCCCCACUCUCAGCAGUGACUGGAAGUGGGGUGUUUACUCUCAUGAGGAUGGACAGAGUAGUUCUGGCCCUCUUUCAUCCUCCUUAAUUGCUCAGAACAGGGCUGCAGUCACACAUGUGCAAAGAACAGUCUUUGUGAGGGCCACAAGCCCAGAAAUAAAUGCUACCAAAGGUGAACUGGUUCAUCUCACGUGUUUCUCUUUUGGGUUUUUUUUCUGCCAUACCAAAUAUUGUGAGCUAUUUUACCCAAACGCACACUGUGCAUGACCGUUGUUAUACCAUGUCACCUAACAACAACUGUAUUGAAUAACAGUUAAAUACUUAAUUAACACAUUGCCUGUAUGAAGCCCCAUAACGAACUGCUCUGACUGAUAAGUCACUGAAUGUCACUGCUUAGCAAAAGCCCCUAUAGCUGCAGAGCAUGAUGCUACAGAGUGAAAUAAACGGGGGUGGGGGGAAAUCUGUGAUUAAAACUGUCAUGUGUAUUUCAACUGACUUUGUUAGACUUUUGGAACAAACUACAUUGAUAUCAUCCUUUUAUUUUGGAAUUCAAAGAAAAACUCCAAUUUUAAAUAAAAACCGAGUGAAAUUACCACUCGUCAGUUAUCUACCAGAACAUUACUAGUGCUUUCAACGAGCUGAUACUGUCUGCCCAGGUACUGAACCCCUCUCAGCCCACUGAUCCCCACAGCGAGUGGGACAAGCUGUGUAUGACCUCAUUUACGCUGCUUCAUUCAGACUAGUAUGUUUCCAAAGCAGCAUAAGGAAGGUAGUGUACUUCCACAAAUGUAAUUUAUUUCAUAAAAGACAUCAACAUUUAUAUUCCAGCCAAGUAUCUGUUUCUUCUUAGGUAAAAAAUAUUUCACUGUGCUUGCUUUUCUUAAGACCCAUGAACCUUCUUUUUCUCAUUAAAUUCUAAAUGUUCAGCAUUGUUCUUUUAUGAGAAAGAAUAUGUGAAUGUGACACAGUAUCUCACACCAAUGAAAAAAAUGCUGCAGAUUUCAUUCAGUUCUUGUUUCUUAAUGCAAAUCAGCAGUAGUACAGCUGUAGCACAGCCACUUGGGUGUAGUUAGUGUAAAGCCAAUAGCAUGUGGACAAUUAACCUCUUUUUGCAGCUUAUUUGGCAGAGUGUGACAAAAGGGAGAACAGUUCAGAGAAAAAAAAUACUAGCAUACUUUAAGCUUCUAUAAAUAUUAUAAUUCUAUCCAAGUAUUAUUUAAAAUUUUUAAUGCAUUUCAUGAAGUUUAGAGGUGAGAAUACCUUCCCCCCACCCUUUAUCUUCAUACUCUUUUCACAAAGUAUUUUGGUAUUUGCAGGAGCAAUUCAUACAGUUGAAUCCUCUUGUUUUUCUUUCUUUUUUUUUGGGGGGGGGGGGGGGGGCGCUCUUUACUUUCUCUGAAAACCAGGUGUUCUUUGCAGUCACUAGCAAGGUGUGAGACAAGUUCGAUGACAGAAAUGGUGGAGCUGCCAGGAGAUGGGAAUUCCCUGAUAAGAGCCGUCUAUCAAAGCCGUCUUCGCCUCACCAGACUGUUACUAGAGGGUGGCGCAUACAUCAACGAGAGCAAUGACAGAGGUGAAACUCCUUUAAUGAUUGCUUGUAGGACAAAACAUGUGGACUCUCAGAGUGUCAGCAAGGUGAAAAUGGUUAAAUACCUCCUGGAAAACAAGGCUGAUCCCAAUAUACAGGACAAAUCUGGAAAGACGGCCUUGAUGCAUGCUUGUCUGGAAAAAGCAGGCCCUGAAGUGGUAUCUUUGCUCCUGAAAAGUGGAGCUGACCCAAGCCUGCAAGAUCACUCCAACUGCUCUGCACUUGUGUAUGCAAUAAACUCUGAAGAUAAAGAGACCCUGAAAGUUCUUCUUAAUGCCUGCAAGGCGCAAGGGAAGGAAGUCAUCAUCAUCACAACAGACAAGUCAGUGCAGGGAAGACAGAAAACUAAGCAGUACUUAAACGUGCCUCCAGCAGACCUCGAGGAAUGCCAUUCCCCAACCGCCUGCACUUCCCCCUCAGAAAUAGAACUGAAAACAUCGCCAUCCCCUCUUUUAAGUUCAAAUGAAACUAAAAAAGUACUCUUCAGCUUUAAAGAGGUGGAUCAUCCAAGAAGCGUGGACAACUCAUCGCAAACAGUUUCACCGACAAGAAAAUCCAGCUCAACAAAAGUAGGGUCCAAGCUGGUGCAAGUGCAGCAGCUACAGUCUGAGCCUUGGAUAAAGAGCUCUCUGUCACUGUUUCACCAGAAUAAAAUUGUCUCUUUACAAGAACAACUUCAGGAUAUUACUCCAGAAGAAGAGCUGUCUUUCAAAAUCAAUGGUCUUGCCUUAUCAAAGAGAUUUGUCACCAGGCACCAAAGUAUUGACAUAAAAGACACUGCUCAUUUACUGAAAACCUUCGACCAAACUGGAUCAAUGAAAUUAUCAUAUGAUGAGAUAAACUCUCAGAUUCCUUAUGUUGAAGAGAAACAUAACCCCAGUGGGAUUCCUGUGGGUAAGGAUGCCAGUUUGGGGCAAAUCAGCUUUAUUUCAAACCUCAGCAGUAUUAUCCAGAAAAGAAAUUUAGGAGCAAAUCACUACAGUUCUGAUUCUCAGUUAACUACUAGUCUAAGUCCUGCUGCUGCAGAGGACGUUAAGUCAGUGACAGGAAAGAAGAGGAUUCUUUCUCCAUCUCACUCUUUGUUACCAAGUUCUAGAGAAGUACUGGAGAACACGCCUCCUGUUACCCUGAGCAGGAAAAGUCAAGCUUUUCUAGAAAGACGGGGUUCAGGAGCCUUCUUGUUGGAUCAUAUUGCUCAGACAAGACCUGGUUUUCUUCCACCACUGAAUGUGAAUCCUCACCCCCCAAUUCCAGUUCCAGGCUCCCCAAAAGAAGCAAGCUCCACACCAUGCAGGAGCUCCUUCUCCCCAGUCACAGGCCUAGGUUUCUUUUCAAGACAGGACAAAGACAGUGGGACGCAUCCAGAUGUUGUUUCAUCAGUGAGGAAGAGGUCUGGCCACCAGCUCAGACGGACCUAAAAUAAAAAAACCCAAUAGCUAUGAUACUCACCUGGGAGAUAGAAGUCUUUAUUUUGCAUAAUUUGAAGCAGAGGACUCAAUUUAUUACGGUAAAGAAACAUGCCUUUGCCUCCAAGCUAUUGUGUAUUUUUACAUGGGUCUAUUUUCCUUCCCAUUUAGUGUUCUGUGAUUCCAAACAUCUACCUUGUCUUUGUGCCUAUACCAGAUAUACUUGAUUUCUGGUAUUUCAUUUAGCAUUUUGUACCUCAUCUUUUAAAGACUGAGAAACGUUGAAUGUGUUCUGUUUUCUUGUAAUUUACAGAAAUUGUAUUAAAAUUGCAUCUGUAUAAUGCAAAUUUCUGUAUACUGAAAUGCAGUACUUUUCUGAACACACAGUGGGUACUAUCUGCCUUCUUGCAGCUUCAGUGAAAAUUCACCCAGCCUGACUUUGCCUCACAAAUAACUGUAAUGUUACUUAGCUUUGUCCUUAGUACAAGACAAUCUCAAGUGGAUGAUAAACGUGCAGCCUUUGUAAAUACCUUUCUAUGUAAAAACAUAAUGUCCCAAAGUUCAUAAAAUGCAUAUUCUGAAGAAGGGAAUAUUUGACAUCUGGAAAGUGAAGGAGCAUGGUUUACACCUCUGCACAACAGAGUUGUAUGUCAAGUGCUGAUCUGAAACUACUAAUUCAUAUCUUGAAAUCAGUUUUGUGAUGACAUCUUUCCAAUCUAUAGUGACAACUGCUAGAAGGCAGACGAUCUUACCGUUGAUCCUCUGGCCCAGGUCUCAAAGUUAGCCAGAAUAAGCAGAGAUGCAGAUCUGUGUCACAAUUGUCAAAAUUAAUUCUUCCCCACAAAAUACAGGUCUUGAAAUCCACGGUGUCCUUUGCCAUCCUGCAGCCAGAGCUCUGCCACCGUGGGAUGCGUAGUGUGCCAGUGAUGCUGGGAAGGCUACGGCAAGCUGCACUACACUCCUGUGUUUGGCUGACCUGGAGACGAUUGUUGGACUUGUUGAGUUUCUCACACCGCAAGAGACAUCGGUACCAGUCACAAAAAUGUGGUUGGGUUAUUUUUAACUAGAGGUGGACCAUCCAUCCAUGGAAACUCUCAGUCAUUUAUGGAUUGGCUGGCAAACUCUAGUCUUGGCACAUACACAAACAAGAAGUGUUCACUUUGUUAAAAAUAAACCCAACACCUGAAUUUGCACAUUAAGCAUCCAAAAAGGAGAAAGUUCCAAAAGAGAACUGAGACACAUUUUAAGAGCUGUUACAUACCAGUGGAAACAUGGUAAAGGUGAUGGAGUAUUUGGUUCCAUGUGAGCUCUCCUCUUGCUUCAGGAGGUGUUGCUGGAUCAGCAUCUUCAUUUACCAGGUAGAAACAAGGAUUACAUGGAAGUCUUUUUAUGGCAGAGAAAUUAUGUGGAACAACAUAUGUCAAUAUUAAAUUAUUAACUGGGCACAAAUUGGUCCCUACAAACGCCACAUACAAACAUACUUUUCAAAUGUUUUAUGAUAUUAUAAACGGAAACAGCAAUUUGUAGACAGUUCAUCUUAUAACUAAGGUAAAUAUUUGAAGUUAAAAUAUAUCUUUAAAAAAAAUACAAACUUUUUCUGAAAAAAAAUCGACUAACAGAUCAGAUGUUCUAACUGGUAUCUUUGCUGAAGGUAUAAAGCCUGAUUUCUGCUGAAUUUAAAAUUAAUUACAUUUGUGGGAUUACUGCUCCCUCAGCUGAAACAUGAAAAAUGUCUUGAGAAGUGAAAUUCUUCUGUAGUGUUGCCAGUAUUUUGUGCUUAAUUUUGAUGCAGAAUAUGAAAGGUUAAUGUUAGUGUUUAUUGUUGCACCAAUGUUACAAGUGACCUUCAGAGGAAAAACAAUGCAGUUUUGUUCUCUUGAUGUUGUUAUGAUGGAUAAAUAAAAGGGUUUUUUCCCCCCAUUCAGGGAAUAUGGAAAUAGACACAUCCUUUUAUUCACCACUUAGGAGAUGCUGAGUCACUACCAAAGGUACUCGCUCCUAACUGUUUCUCAGGCUGUCUCUAUACAGCAAAAUUGGAACAGUUAAUUAGAUUUGAUCCAACAUAGCUAUAUUUGUACAAAGUAUUGUGCGAGAGGGGCUCCGUCAGUCUCUUGGUAGCAUGCUGUGGUUCCCCUUCAGUGGAGGUACAGUUCUGCCAUCUUUGAAGUCCUAAUCAUAAUUUUCCAGUCAUCCUUAAUGUCUUUUAAGCAAAGAAUGGGAAGCAAGACCUAGAUUCAUGAUCCUCCCUGCCCCCAACAUUAAAGUUGACAAACAACAAAGCACCUUUCAGGUGUUCUUUAUGCAUCAAUGAAGAAACUACCACACACUAAAGCUUUUUCUUUGCUAGUUUUCUGGGAAACAAGAUGUGGCUUCCCAACCAGAGAGAAUCAUCGGGACUGGUUCUCAUAGUGAAGCUUCUCUGAGUGAAGCUCAUCCACUCUAACUUACAGAAAGAUUAAUGACAAAAAUCAUUAAACAUUUGUAAUUUAAACUGCAUAAAAUAGAAGUGGCAUUUCUAUGAGCAAGCAUUCCUGUCAACACAUGCUACAGCUUUCAGUAAAAUACACCACCUAUAAGAUUACCAAUUU